ACGGCUUGAGCCGUUGAUUCUUUGAAUAUGACGGAUAACAGCGGGAGCAACGGUGGCAUGGCCCAAGAUGACGCCGAUGCGACGCCAGAACUUGAAUCAUUCGAGGGAUUUGCCGCCUAUACAGCUGCCGAGUCUUUCAUUCAGGGGUUAGCAGGAAUGGUUAACCAGGGGGAUGUGGAGACCAUGAUACGGGCACAGAAGCAGAUGCUACAACGUUUCGAAAAAACCAACGAAAUGCUCCUAAAUUGCAACUCACUAUCGCAGAACCGUCUGCGGACAGCUAACGAAGACUUUAAAAGGCAUGUCAAGCUAUUAAACGAAAUGAAGAAGGAUCUCGAGUACAUAUUCCGCAAGAUACGUGUAAUCAAACAAAAACUUCAACACCAAUAUCCAGCCGAGUACGCAGAAGCGCAGCCCCAGCGCAGUAGCCUUGCCGAAGAAGCGGAGGACGAAACGGAAGCGAUGACAGCGGGUGCGGGGACUAGUUCUGGUUGCAGUACAUCUAUUAAGCCUGCAGCAGUGAUUCCGCCUAUAUCAGAAACCAAAAAGAGCAACGCCACCAUUGAGUAUGUGCAAAUGGAGGAGGCGAUCGAUAAUGGACAGCCACCCAUAGAGAAUGAGCUGAUCAAACGAGUGUGUUCCAUUGAGACUGCCAAUCCCAAUGACUCGUCUGAUUGCACAUCCGAGGAUACAGGUUAGUUAGCUUAAAUUUUCAAAUAUGAUCGGUUUAUUUAUAAGCACUAUUUAUACUAUUUAUGUAUGUAUGUUAAUAUAUUGUUUUAAAAGAUAA